AUGGAGGUGGAGGAUGACCCCUGGUUCAAUCAACGCUAUCAGCCAUCCAUUGAACCACUGCUAACCAGGAGAAACAGUGCACUUCGUAGUGACAUCUAUAAAUGGUGGCAGAGUUUACAGAAGGACAGCAGAGCCUCCAACUACAACACAGUGGUAAAGAAACUAUUUAAAGUCUUCCCAGACAACAAGCAAUACACAGAUGCAGGACCUGAGCGCUGCAGGACCUGUGCUGUUGUGGGCAAUUCUGGAAACCUCCUGGGUUCCCAUUACGGUGCCCUCAUAGACUUCAAUGAUUUUGUCAUAAGGAUGAACAGAGGACCCACUAAGGGCUUUGAGAAAGAUGUUGGGUCCAAAACCACUCAUCGCAUCAUUUAUCCUGAGAGUGUUGUGGAUGUGGAUAAUUCCACUCAUUUGGUGCUGCUUCCCUUUAAAACUUUAGACCUUGAGUGGCUGAUCAGUGCCUUUACCACUAAAAACAUCACACGAACGUAUGUGUCGGUGAAAUCAUCUGUAAAUGCUAACAAAGACAUGGUGAUGGUAAUCCAUCCUGCAUUCAUAAAAUAUGUUUACGACAACUGGCUGUGGAAACGUGGGGUCUAUCCAUCAACUGGCUUUGUUGCUUUAGUGUUUGCUCUGCACAUCUGUGAUGAAGUGAAGGUGUACGGGUUUGGUGCUGAUAAUGUUGGAAGCUGGCAUCACUACUAUGAGAAAAGUCGACGUAGGUAUCGCCCAGGCAAACACAGUGGAGAUGCUGAACAUGAGGAAAUUCUGCAGCUCAACAUCAGAGGCAAAAUAAAACUGUUCUAG